GAGCGGCGGUGCAGACGGGCUGAUCCCAUGAUCCGCAACGGGAGUCUUUAUUAUUAUAUUCUAAUGAUGUAGAGAACGUUCAUCACUGCGUUUUAUGAUGAAUGAGUGAUUGUGGAACAGACACUGCUUCGGGAUCACAGCAGAAUCAUGUUCUCCAGGGGAGUGGUUCAGAAGCAGCACGUCGGGCUACAGAAGGUGUUCGCGCUGGCCGGGCUGGCCCACUCCUCCCUCGGACCCUGCAAGUCCUACAAGAUGAUCCGGGAGGAGGGUAGCGGCGCGGCGGUGCUGGCCUGCUCCUGCGUCCGCCUGCUGGAGACCCUGGAGCUGAGCUGUGCGGUGGGCCAACUGGUCGGCGAGGCGGUGCGGGCGCAACACGGUGCGCACGGCACGGGGGCCGGCUGCCUGCUGUUCAUGGCCGGAGCGUGGAGCCGCGCGGCGCUGGAGUGCCUGCAGAGGGGGGUCCCGGCGCCGCUGAUCGUCAGGACCAUGAGCGAGGGGUUGGACGUGUGCCUGCGGGCGUGCGGGAGACACAGCGUCCGGUUGGAGCUGGUCAACAACAGCACGCCGCCGCCGUUACCGCGUUCCCCCGCUGUCGCCACGCAGCGGCCGGAUGCGCACGCUCGCCCUGGGAGCAUCAGACUGAGCCACAGCAGACACUUCGGUGGCGCCACGGCCGCUAGCGCCGCCGUAGCGCUAGCGUCCCCGGCUAGUAGCAACAGAGACGUGGGGCCGGCGGCGAGGGCCCUGAGCCACGGCCGUGCCCGCUCCAUGGAUCUUGUGGUCCAGGCCGGCCGCCUGCAGUCAGCCCCCGGGGCCUGCUGCUCCGCCCUGGACCUGGGGCGGUUGGUGACCUGCGUGGUGCCCGGUCUGUCGGAGGACCAGGCAUGCGUCCUGCCGGGCUGGGUGGUCCGGCUGCCACUGGAGAAGGCGGUGCUGGCCCAGCGGCUGGGGGGCCGGUCUCUGCGCGUGGUGCUGCUCACCGGAGACCUCUGCGUGAGGUACCGCCACCUGGGCUCCAAGAGCCCCCCGGGGCUGAGCCACGUGGCGGACCGCCUGGCCCCCAAGGGGGCCGGCGGGGAGGCCCGGUGGGCCGACGGCGUCCUGGCAACCCUGCUGCGGCUGGGCGUGGAGUUGGUGCUGGUCUCGGGGGCGGCCAGCGAUGCCCUGGGCCCCCCCUGCCUGGCCCGCGGGAUGCUGCUGGUGGAGCGGGUGCGGCCCUCUGUCCUGAGGGCCCUCGCCCGGGCCUCGGGGGCCGUCCCGGUCGCCUACGCCUCCCAGCUCAGCGAGCGCUGUGUGGGGGCCGGGGUGACGGUGACGCCCUGGAGGGACCUGAAGGAGCACCAGGCGGUGUGCAUCUCCGCGCGGGCCCCUGGGGGCCUGGCCACGGCGGUGCUGACGGGCUGCGUCCCCGCCCGGCUGCAGGCGCUGGAGGACGAGUUCUGGGCCUGCGCCCGCCGGCUGCAGCGGGCCCUUCAGGACGGGGCCCUGCUCCCCGGGGCCGGCAUCAUCGAGAUGCUCUGCGUCCACGACCUCCAGGAGCACGCCCGGCGACCCCUCGCGGGCCCCGGGGGGGCGGAGCCUGAGGCCGGGGCCGCGGGAGGCCUCUACAGGGACACGGUCUUGAUGCUGAUGGCGGAGGCCCUGACGGACUACGUCGCCACGGUGACGGCCAACAGCGGGCUGAUCUCUAAGCUCCAGGCCCGGAGGGUGGUGGAGCAGGAGGUGGAGCGGCUGGGGGGGGUGGCGGGGGAUGGGCGGUCAGGGGUCCUACAGGGGGAGGGCGCUCUGGGGGAGACAAGUCUGGGCGGGGCCUGCGGUGUUCUGGGCGGGGCCUGCUGUGAUCUGGGCGGGGCCUGCGGUGGUCUGGGUGGAGCCUGUGGUGGUCUUCGCGAGGCCUCCGGUGGGCUGGGCGGGGCCUCAGGUGGUCUGGGCGGGACCUGCGGUGGUCUGGGCGGGGCCUGCGAUGGUCUGGGUGGGGCCUUCGGUGGUCCGGGCGGGGUUUCGGGUGGAGCAGAACAAAGCAGGGUGUAUGAUAACCUGAGCGUGAAGGUGGAGGCGUGGAGGAGGGCCAUGGACCUGGUUCUCCUGGUGCUGCAAACGGACGCGGAGGUCAUUACGGGCGUCGACCCGGACUUAGUGCUGCUCUGAUGUCCGUCGUUCAGCAGGGACACUGUUACUACGCAAUUGCAAAAGUGAAAAUGUGGCUGUAUAUUUUGAAAAAUACGGAAAUGGUAUUUUAUCUGUUGUUUAAUAAACAACUAAAGGGAAUGGAUUAAUGCUUAACUCUUCUUGAUGUUUCUCACAUUAACCAAUCAGUUUAAGUCAUGAAGACAAUGUUCCUGUGUAUGUGGUUGUUGUUCCUAUAUGGGACACCUGGGGGCGACAUACGCUCCAUGUGAUUAAGAAGCUGUUCUAUUCCCGGCUGGUUUAGUAGAGCAGUGUCACUCAUUAGCAGAUCAGCGACACAUUCCUUCGAGGCUUAAAGAAACACUUCCUCGCGAGACAGGGCUAAUGUUAGGAUAAUUUAUUCUGUGUUUAAUUUACUUUUUUGUAAUUUUGUAAAUAAAAAGUUAAUGAUG